AUGCAAGAAGCGGAUACUUCGUCUUUUGGAACAAAAUUUGAUCCAAAAGGCUUUCGUUUUUAUUAUAGAUAUUAUCAAUAGACGAUUGGUAAAGUGAAGUGGGACGAAUAUCCACUGAGAAAAGGUGAUACUAUUUCAGUAUGUUCCGAAGAGCACGCACCGCCGGAACCUCUUGCCAAGCGCAUCGUCAAGCUGCUAAAAAUCCUCGUGCCUCAUGUUGGUCUCAUCUUGCUUUUGCUAACAUACAUUGCCAUCGGCGCACUUAUUUUUAUUUGGCUGGAAGCUGACAACGAAUUACAGGUGGAGCGGCGAAUACUUCCGUUGUUAUCAGUGCUAUCACGAACACACGAGUACGAUGAUCGAUUCACGUUGAAUGCACAACUGUGGACUGAUUCGGAAGAAGAACUCGUUACUCGGUGGUCAUUUGCCGCAUCCGCUUUAUAUGCUCUUACUGUGAUCACUUCCACCGGUUUGUUGGGCAUUUCUGAGUUAAACUUCAAUUUUCGGCUAACCCUGAAUAAAGAAGGUUCUUACCCAGCGCUUUACUAG